CUCCUAUAUGCGUAGUAAAUAUAAUGUUUCCGUUAUAUAUAGACCAUAAGUUUCUUCAUUAAUCCCACUUUAGUUUCUUUAAAUCCCACCCCUCAAAGCAUAAGCCAAACCUCUCUUUCUCAUAUGCAACCACACGACCAGAUGGAGGUAUGUUCAACAGUCACGACCAAAAAGCUCUCAAGCCUCGCGAAACUAAUCCUCUUCACAAUCCAGAAGGUCUCAGACGCCUCACGUCACAAACUCCUCACUACGCUCGAUCCACACCUACUCGCAAAACACGGCAAGACCCUACGCAAGUCUCUGAACGACGUCGUAUCAACUUCCCACUCCCGCAUCACGUGCCGUCCCUCCGACCACGACGACGUACGAUCCUCCUUCAUCUCGCCUGUCCCCAUCCAGCUCCACUACGAGUUCAGCUGCAGCAGCACCCCACCGAGACGUUCCUACGCCUCAACCACCACUGGCUACCACGUCAGCAUCGGACGACGCAAACCGCUUAUCAACAAACGCCAACGCCACGCGUAUAUAAGGUACAACACGCUCCCUAAGGUCCGACACGUGGCGACGGCAGUAUUUCCUGACGUAGCUAGCAGCACCGGAACCAUGGAUAGCUGCCACGUGGACAGAGCCGCCGAGGAGUUUAUACAGAGGUUCCAUAGACAGCUGAGGUUGCAGAGGUGGAUGAUGGCUCAGGAGGUUUAGAACAUUUGAUUCGUCAGCGUCACUUUCAUUACACCAAAUAUCAUAUCAAGUUAAAAAAAAUAAAAUUUAUAAUAGGUAACUUUCUUAGUUUUACGUUUUUCCUCUUUUGUUUUCUGUAAUCCAUGAUCGUGUUUAGGAUCUGCGUGGAUGAAACUGUAGGUAAAUCAACCUUUCGAGAUAGCUCUCUGUGUAUAUA